GGGCUGGAAUGCGCUUCCUGCGGCGCUUCUUGCUCUGGCUGUGCGCGUCCGUGUGAGUGCGGGGGCGCGCUUGUGGUGCGUCAGCGCAGGCUGGGUGCUACUCGGGAGGGGACCGUUACUGAGAGCGGACACUUCAUUCAGCGCGCAGACCUGCCUGGGCUCGGAGGCCGCAAUCUGAGGCAGCGCUUAGUCUGUGCGAUUCAGCCCGGCAGGGCGCCGCUCCUGGGAUCCAAGGGCCCCACGCCAAAGAUGGCCCGUUAUUCAGUAUUGACGUUUGGAUUACUUACUUGUUUGGCUUUGUGCAUAAAUGCCCAGCAAGGUGGGACAGAAUGUCUAAAAGCAAAUGCCAAAUCAUGUGGAGAAUGUAUUCAAGCCGGGCCCAACUGCGGCUGGUGCACUAAAGUGAACUUCUUACAAGAAGGAGAGCCCACGUCAGCACGUUGUGACGAUUUGGCUGCUUUGAAAAACAAAGGCUGCCCUGAAGAAGACAUCCAAAACCCCAGGGGACGUAAACAAAAGCUAAAAGAUAUCCCAAUAACAAACAAAGGGAAAGGAGAACGUAUGGACCCUGCAAACAUCACCCAAAUCCGACCUCAACAACUGGUAUUCGAACUGCGAUCAGGUGAACCCCAGACAUUUAAUUUGACAUUCAGAAGAGCAGAAGACUAUCCAAUUGACCUGUACUAUCUUAUGGACCUCUCAUUUUCUAUGAAAGAUGACUUGGAGAACGUUAAAAGCCUUGGAACAGCACUAAUGACAGAAAUGGAGAAAAUUACUUCAGAUUUCCGGAUAGGUUUUGGCUCUUUUGUGGAAAAAACAGUCAUGCCCUACAUAAGCACCACUCCUGCCAAGCUUAUUAACCCAUGCACAAGUGAUCAGAAUUGCACCAGCCCAUUCAGCUAUAAAAAUGUCCUCAACCUCACUAGCGACGGAAAGUUGUUUAACGACCUGGUAGGCAAGCAGCAGAUCUCCGGUAACUUGGAUUCUCCCGAGGGAGGCUUUGAUGCAAUUAUGCAGGUUGCGGUCUGUGGUGAGCAAAUUGGUUGGAGAAAUGUCACACGCUUGCUGGUCUUCUCAACUGACGCAGGAUUCCAUUUUGCCGGAGAUGGAAAAUUAGGCGGCAUUGUAUUGCCAAAUGAUGGCAAAUGUCAUUUGCAUGGGAACAUGUACACAAUGAGCCACUAUUAUGACUAUCCCUCAAUUGCUCACCUAGUUCAGAAACUUAGUGAAAACAACAUUCAGACCAUUUUUGCUGUUACAGAGGAUUUCCAGCCAGUCUACCAGGAGCUGAAAAAUCUGAUACCAAAAUCAGCUGUGGGAACCUUGUCCUCAAAUUCCAGCAAUGUGAUUCAACUGAUUAUUGACUCCUAUAAUUCUCUUUCCUCUGAACUUAUUUUGGAAAACAGCAAAUUGCCAGAGGGUGUAACAAUCAGCUAUAAAUCAUUCUGUAAGAAUGGAGUCAAGGGAACUGGGGAGGAUGGAAGGAAAUGUUCAAACAUUUCUAUUGGAGAUCAGGUGGAAUUUGAAAUUAGUGUGACAGCUCACAAGUGCCCCAAAAAAGGACAAGCGGAAUCCAUAAAAAUCAAACCACUUGGAUUUACCGAAGAAGUAGAGAUUGUUCUCCAGUUCAUCUGUGAAUGUGAUUGCCAGGAAAAAGGGACGCCCAACAGCCCUGAAUGUCAUCAUGGAAAUGGAACAUUCGAAUGUGGUGCCUGCAGAUGUAAUGAGGGGCGCAUUGGGAAGGAGUGUGAAUGCAGCACCGAUGAAGUAAACAGCGAAGAUAUGGACGCUUAUUGUCGAAGAGAAAAUAGCUCUGAAAUCUGCAGUAACAACGGGGACUGUAUAUGCGGCCAGUGUGUGUGCAAAAAACGGGACAAUCCCAAUGAAGUUUACUCCGGCAAGUACUGUGAAUGCGACAACUUCAACUGUGACAGAUCCAAUGGGCUGAUUUGUGGAGGUAAAGGCGUGUGCAAGUGUCGAGUAUGUGAAUGUUUCCCCAAUUACUCCGGCAGUGCUUGUGACUGCUCAGAGGAUACCUCCACUUGUAUGGCAAAAAAUGGCCAGAUAUGUAACGGGAGAGGAAUAUGUGACUGUGGAAGGUGUAAAUGUACAGAUCCUAAAUUCCAAGGACCAACCUGUGAACUGUGUCAGACCUGCGUUGGUGUUUGUACGGAGCACAAAGAAUGUGUCCAGUGCCGAGCUUUCCAGAAAGGAGAGAAGCAAGAAGUAUGCCUGGAGCAGUGCAUGCACUUUAACAUCUCUUUAGUGGAAAGUCGGGAAGACUUGCCCCAGCCAGGCCAGGCAGAAGCCCUCACACACUGUAAGGAAAAGGAUGCAGAAGACUGCUGGUUUUACUUCACGUAUUCAGUCGAUUCAAAGAAUGAAGUUCUGGUGCAUGUGGUGAAGGAGCCAGAGUGUCCCAGCGGUCCUGACAUCAUUCCUAUUGUCGCCGGUGUGGUUGCUGGCAUUGUGCUCAUCGGACUGGCACUGUUGCUCAUAUGGAAACUGCUUAUGAUCAUUCACGACAGAAGGGAGUUUGCCAAGUUCGAGAAGGAGAAAAUGAACGCUAAAUGGGACACUCAAGAGAAUCCAAUAUACAAGAGCCCUAUAAAUAAUUUCAAGAACCCAAACUAUGGACGUAAAGCCGCUCUCUAAGGCGCAGGCGAAAAUCCCAUCUACAAGAGCGCCGUGACAACCGUGGUGAAUCCUAAAUACGAGGGAAAAUGAGGAAGAAGUAGUGUAAAUGCCACAACACUGUAUGCAAGACAGCAUUCUUUGUACUCCCAAGAAGGUAGCAAAAGGGCCAUACCCCAGUGACGCCAUGAUAGAUACCAUGGAAGAAUCGCGUACAGUUAACAGAAAUCCAGAAACAUGUGCUCGCGAGAGCAUAACGUCUAAUUGGUGCCACACGACCGUCAGAACAUUUUAUUCUCCAUAAUGUUUUGUUGUCACUUGAUCUUGGGUUCAUUCAAGACCGCAGAUAAUGAAGUCCUCCCGAGGACGCAAGGUCACAUCGUGCCUUUUUCAUCCCCUUCCUCUUGUACAAAAAAAUGGGAUUUUUUUCUUUUUUGUUUGUUUUUUUGGGUAAGUGUGUGUGUGCCUGUGUGCGUCCGUCUGGAAGGGGGCAGGUUUGAUCUCGCUCAGAGCUUUGCCAAUCAGAGUAUUAUUGUUAUGUAUUUCUUUCGCCAUUGGACGAUCAGGGCUGGAAUUUACAGACAGGCCAAUAGUAACAUUGCAUACCUCAGACUCUCUCUCUGCAUGAUCAGCAGGUCUGUAUGCAUCUCCUCGUGCCAAGCCACUUUUGAAUAAGUGAGAAAAGGCAAAUUAUUUGACACAUAAUGUACAUAAUAAAUACCCGGUCCGUGAGCAUGCUUCUAUAGAUGGUAAAUUCCAGCUCUGUGUCAUUUUGCUGCCUGACUCCUGUACCUAACCAAAAAUCACCUCCUCAUAGGGCCUUAAAUCUCCCCAUGUCCUAUUAUAUGUAUGUUCUUUGGAAAUUUGGUGCUUCCUUUUGCCUUAAUCAUUUCAUUCUGCCAUCAAUUUAUGUACAUUUGCUAUCUACCUACAAAUUGUCCCUCCCCCUGGUUAUUUACACCCAAGCGUUCUCAUGUACAGCCUUUAAACAAAGACGUUCUAACAGCGUGCCAUUCAGCGUAUAUCAGUCUCGGACCAUUCUCAUUGCCUCUGUCCCAUAUUUGUCACAAUCUUGUUUUUAAGUGCCUUUUUAUUUUAGCAGGUUUUCACUUUUUACAAUACUGUUAACGGAAAGUUAUUUAUUAAAUAAAAACGACUUAAAAAAUCUUAAA